UUGCUGCCGGUAUUCUGAUGCCAAGAAAAUUUGAAAUAUUCCUAGUCCUCGUAUCCGUAAUCAAUCAGUUCUCACGAAAAGGGGAGAUUACCGCCUUGCUCAACCUCCAACCUGGUGAACCAGGAAUUUGUGACUAUGGUUGCCUUUCUCUAUAGAAUGGUUGCCUGCCACAGUUCAUGAAGUCAUUCUCUCCAGGGUAGGAAGUCUGUCGAUGAUCCGUUGGAUUGCCUAAAAUUAGGAUGUCGUUUUGCGGCUGGUUUUCUGGCGAAAAAUUUCGAGAUCACUUUGAGAAAGGGAUAUAUGUAUGUUCAAACUGUGGUAACGAGCUUUUCCAUAGCCAGACAAAAUAUGAACAUUCAUCCCCUUGGCCAGCAUUUACACAUCUUAUUAGAGAAGAUUCAGUGACCAGAGUGAAAGAGAGUUCCACAGCAAUAAAGAUAUCCUGUUCUAAAUGUGGAAAUGGUCUUGGGCAUGAGUUUCUUGGGGAUGGACCCAAGAAAGGAAUGAAUAGAUACUGAAUAUUCAGUUCUUCCCUCAAAUUUCAAGAGUUUGAUGGGAAGCAGGGUUAAACUCCUCAUCUUUAAACAAUUCACCUUAUGAUAUUAUCGCUGAUUCUAUAAGGAGGAUAAUAAAUAAGAGAUGGGAGAAUGUUUCUCUGUCAGAACGCAUGAUGCUUUGAAAUAUAAGCUUGUAGCAGUUUCUCAGCAGAUCUUUACUCUGACAUUUUAGAAGCAUUCAAGCAUUUUAAAGGCUUCCAUAGAAAUUAUAUUCCACAAUAGAACCAUUUUAACAAGGCUUUGGACUUUCAGUAGGAUGUAACUAUCUAUUUUUUGUGUUAAAAAAAUGAUGCUGGUUUCAAGCGAAAUAUACACUGAUUGCGUAGUCUUAACUCAAAAGCUAGACAAAUCUUGUUGAUUUCAAAGAGCCAUGGCUAAAUGGCCAGCAAUAAAACAGAUAUCCAUCACAAUGCUGUUUGACACAACUACCCAAAGCCCAAGCUCUUCUUAAAAUGGUUCUAGUCUCAAUUGGACCAAAUUGCCCUUAAUUUUUCCAACUUGCAAAGCCAAUUUAUUAACUUACUAGUCACUUUAUUCUUUAAUAUUAUUACUUAUACCUUCAAUAAUAUAUGACCUCACCUCAGCUUAAAUGAUAUUAGUCAGGUGAUACACCUUUACAUUGUUUUGAAAUCUAAGGUAUAUUGAAAUCUUGCAUAUUAAAUCAAUUUUAUUUUGUAAAUAUAGAAUUUAAAUGUAUAUACAGUACAUAAUUUGAAAUGUAAAUGACCUAUUAUAAUAUGUACCAAAUGAAAUGUGAUCAUUUUGUAUUACAACAAUUGCAGGGAAUGUUUUUUGUAUCUUGCAUGUAAAUAAUAUGAUGUCCAAAUAAAUUAACAGAACACAUUG